CCCGUGGCCCCGUCACAGCCCGAGCUGUAGGCCCCGAGUCCCCGCCGCCGCCGCCAUGACGGAACAGAUGACCCUCCGCGGGACCCUCAAGGGCCACAAUGGUUGGGUCACGCAGAUCGCCACCACUCCGCAGUUCCCCGACAUGAUCCUCUCCGCCUCCCGAGACAAAACCAUCAUCAUGUGGAAGUUAACCCGGGACGAGACAAACUAUGGUAUCCCCCAGCGUGCCCUCAGCGGCCACUCUCACUUUGUUAGUGAUGUUGUCAUCUCCUCCGAUGGUCAGUUCGCCCUCUCUGGCUCUUGGGAUGGAACCUUACGACUUUGGGAUUUGACAACAGGUUGCACAACCCGCCGUUUUGUAGGCCACACCAAGGAUGUUCUGAGUGUUGCCUUCUCAGCUGACAAUCGGCAAAUUGUGUCUGGUUCCCGGGAUAAGACCAUAAAAUUGUGGAACACCCUGGGAGUUUGCAAGUACACAAUCCAGGAUGAAUGUCACGCUGAAUGGGUCUCGUGUGUUCGCUUUUCACCGAACAGCAGCAACCCCAUCAUCGUGUCCUGUGGCUGGGAUAAGCUCGUCAAGGUCUGGAACCUGGCCAACUGCAAGCUGAAAACCAAUCACAUUGGGCACACUGGCUAUCUCAACACUGUAACCGUUUCCCCUGAUGGAUCCCUGUGUGCUUCUGGAGGCAAGGAUGGUCAGGCCAUGCUCUGGGAUCUAAACGAGGGCAAACAUCUCUACACAUUGGACGGUGGAGACAUCAUCAACGCCUUGUGCUUCAGCCCCAACAGAUAUUGGCUCUGUGCAGCUACUGGGCCUAGUAUCAAGAUCUGGGAUCUUGAAGGGAAAAUCAUCGUGGAUGAGCUGCGGCAAGAGGUGAUCAGCGCGAGCAGCCGAGCUGAACCCCCACAGUGUACAUCCCUGGCCUGGUCAGCCGAUGGGCAGACAUUAUUCGCUGGCUACACAGACAACCUCAUCAGAGUGUGGCAGGUCACGAUCGGAUUCAGAUGAAGUGUUUCUUGCCGUUUUUCCAGAAAAAGUUAGCUAUUUGGAUCGGCAAGAGGAUAAAGAGAAUAUGCUCAUUCGAGUCUGAAAUAAAACCUUGCUGUUUUCAACUUAGUCUGUGUGGAAAUACCUUUUGUAUUUAUAACGAAAGGUGCUGAAUAAAUGAUUUUCUACUUUU